AUGGGAGAGUUGAUCUACACCGACGAUGUUGAUAAGGUUCUUCCCGAGUCAAAUUCCCCUUCACUCAAGAUGGGCUUCUCUUUACAGGUUGUGGCUGGCGGCGUCACACGAGGACUGUCAGGUCUGGUAGAAAAGGCUCCAGAUCUGGUAGAAAAGGCUCCAGGUCUGGUAGAAAAGGCACCGGGUCUGGUAGAAAAGGCACCGGGUCUGGUAGAAAAGGCUCCAGGUCUGGUAGAAAAGGCUCCAGGUCUGGUAGAAAAGGCUCCAGGUCUGGUAGAAAAGGCUCCAGGUCUGGUAGAAAAGGCUCCAGGUCUGGUAGAAAAGGCUCCAGGUCUGGUAGAAAAGGCUCCAGGUCUGGUAGAAAAGGCACCAGGAUAUAAAUCCCCACCUUGGAACAUAGCUGCUGCUACACCUGUGAGCAUGGCUGGCGCCACACCUGUGAGCAUGGCUGGCGCCACACCUGUGAGCAUGGCUGGCGCCACACCUGUGAGCAUGGCUGGCGCCACACCUGUGAGCAUGGCUGGCGCCACACCUGUGAGCAUGGCUGGCGCCACACCUGUGAGCAUGGCUGGCGCCACACCUGUGAGCAUGGCUGGCGCCACACCUGUGAGCAUGGCUGGCGCCACACCUGUGAGCAUGGCUGGCGCCACAACUGGGUGGUAA